AUGGCCUCCCACGAGCAGGUCGAGGUGGACGUAGGCAAGGGACCUCUCGACUCAGCCGGAGAUGGAGACGGGGAGAAGCACGAGGAGGAGGAGUAUGCCAGGGUGGUGGAGCGCUUGAGGACGCUGGUGGGCUGCGAGGACCAAGACCUGGACGAAAUCAGACGCCUCGUCGUUACCCGGCCGCCGAAGUCCGCAUGCGGCGAACAUGAUGCCGUCGAGCCUAUACGGGCAGACCUCUGGAGCGCGAUGCUUUUGGGCUUGAGGACGGAGGAUCUCAACAGCUGCCGGCCCACCGUGCAGCUCGGGCCUGGGUCGAAUUAG